AGGUUUCCAACAACACCUUCAACAAAGGCAUCUUGUUUAACGCCGGCUUCCUGCAGGCCCUGAACAUGGAUAACUUUGACUGUUUCAUCCUCCACGACGUGGACAUGAUUCCCAUGGAUGACCGGAACAUGUAUAUGUGCAACGACACCGGUCCUGUUCAUCUGGCCUCGGCCAUCAAUAAAUUCAACUAUGGGUGAGCAAUACAGAAAGAGAAUAAGCCCUGGACGAGAUCUCGCGACAAUUUCUUUGACACAGAGGAUCAAAUCUGACCCGACAACCGUCUUGCCUCAUAAAGCAUUACCGUGUGGUAUUCAUAGGGCAGCAGAGGCGUAGCUAAGGGGGGAAGAGGGGAGGCAGAUGUCCCUGGGUGCCAUACCAGCUUAAGUUACUGGCGCCAAAAUGUUCUUUGAUAUUAUUUUAUUGAUAAAAAUAAUGGGUUUGAGAGUUGAAAAAACGAAAGGGAGGCUCUUUAAAAUGAAUCGUUUCCCCGGGCGCCAAACACUCUCUAGCUACGCCUCUGCAGCGCAGUGUGAACAGUGAAAUGCGUGGGCGCCAACUUUGAAGAUCAAUUUCCUUUUAAAAAUCAUAAAAGACUUGGCAUGAGAAUCGACAGCUUGUAUCUUUAUUUAUGGUUUUUUUUUCGAGCUCAAAUUUUGAAAGAUUCCACUAGCGAUGGAGAACUUAAAUUCGGAAACACAGCUGACAUGUUAUUCAAUGUUCGGUAGAUUUAACCCUUAUCAAAUAUUUUUUUUUUUAUAUUUUUUUUUUUUUUUUAAAUUUUUCCAGCACUCUUUUCCCGGGACUUUUCGGAGGCGUCGUUGCGUUUACACGUGUUCAGUACCAGCUUAUCAACGAAAUUCGGAAAAACAGUUGACAUGUUAUUUAAUGUUCGGUAAAUUUAACCCUUAUCAAAUAUUUUUUUUUUUAUAUUUUUUUUUUUUUUUUUAAAUUUUUCCAGCACUCUUUACCCGGGACUUUUCGGAGGCGUCGUGGCGUUUACACGUGAUCAGUACCAGCUUAUCAACGGCGCAUCCAACAUGUACUUCGGGUGGGGUGCAGAGGACGACGAUUUAAGGGACAGGUAUUGAAAUAUAAUUUCUGUGCGUGGUGGGGAGUGGUUGGUAAUGAGUCACGGAUUAUGUUGCAGGAUUUAAAAUGUCUAAAAAUUGGAUUGUGUGUUUUAGUCUAAUACAUUCUGUUUGAGACUAUAAUCGCUCUGCACCAUCUUGUUUUGCAUGUCAAGGGCGAGACGAAAGAAUCUGACACUGUUGAGG